CGGGCGUAUACCUGGUAGCAAUUAUGGACUAGCUGAUAACCAAGCCAUAUAUAGUAUGGGUUAUAGGACAUCCCCCAAUGACAUAUCUUUACCCCCACGGCAGAGAAUAGUGGGUGGUUCAUUGACUACUAUCGACCAGUAUCCAUUUGGGGCUGUGGUUUUGAUGUUAUUCGAUUCAAAUUUCCGCCAAGUAUGUGGAGGUACUAUUAUAAACAACAGAUCGAUUCUAUCCGCUGCUCACUGCUUCUUCAGUGGACCACCCAAUCUAUUUCAAAUACGAGUCGGCUCCUCUUUUGCCAGCAGCGGCGGUUACGUCCAUCUUGUAUCACAAAUUAUCAAUCACCCCGAAUAUAAUGAGGACACUCUAAAUAAUGAUAUCAGCGUACUGAGAGUUACCCAAGCCUUUGCUUUUGGAAAUACUAUACAAGCCGGGCGUAUCCCUGGUAGCAAUUAUGGACUAGCUGAUAACCAAGUCGUAUGGGCUAUAGGUUGGGGCCAAACAUCUUUGGCUAGUACGCCUUCCGAGCAACUACGUCAUGUCCAGAUCUGGACGAUCAAUCAAGACAUAUGCAGAAAUAAUUACGGGGGUGGUAUCACCGAUAAUAUGUUGUGUGCUGGAUAUCUUAACGUGGGAGGGCGGGACAGUUGCGCUCAAGAUUCAGGCGGCCCUCUUCUCCAUAACGGUAUAGCGGUCGGUGUUGUCUCCUUUGGUAUUGGUUGUGGAGACGGUCGCUUCCCUGGUGUUUACGCUAGAGUUUCAACAUACUCAAGCUGGAUACAAGCCAAUGCGUAAAUGAAAGAAAAA